AUGCUGGUGGUCCUACUCACAGCAGCCUUGCUGGCCCUGAGCUCCGUGCAGGGCCAAAAUGAAGAGAUCAUCAAUGAAGACUUUUCUCUUGAGUUCUUAGAUGCAGAACAGCAAAGCCAACAUCAGAGACCCCCACCUGAACAGCGCCCCCCAAGGCCUCCUGCUUCUGAUGAAGAUGAUGAUGAUGGUGAUAGUGAUGAUGAUGAUGAUGGCAGUGAUGAAGGUGAAAAUACACCAGAGAGACCACCACAGCAAGGAGGCAAUCAUCACCGGCAUCACCACCAUCCUCCCCCUCCUCCCCCGGGUCACCAUCAAGGUCCACCCCAGCAAGGAGGUCAGCAGCAGAAUCCCCCUCCAAGACCUGGAAACCAGCAAGGCCCACCCCAGCAAGGAGGCCAGCAGCAGAAUCGACCUCCUACACCUGGAAACCAGCAAGGCCCACCCCAGCAAGGAGGCCAGCAGCAGAAUCGACCUCCUAGACCUGGAAACCAGCAAGGCCCACCCCAGCAAGGAGGCCAGCAGCAGAAUCGACCUCCUAGACCUGGAAACCAGCAAGGCCCACCCCAGCAAGGAGGCCAGCAGCAGAAUCAACCUCCUAGACCUGGGAACCAGCAAGGCCCACCCCAGCAGGGAGGACAGGAACAGCCAAGCGACCUGUGGGCAUUUUCUGAAUAA